AGAUGCAAAAAUUACGACGUAGGAAGCAGAAUUCCCGAAGGAGGGCAGUGCAGCCCCCCUCCCCCAGCAGAGUGGUAGCUCCCAUUCAGAACUCUCUGUCUAUUCACACGCUGAGUUAUGUGGCGGAAGACCCGCAGAUAACGGGAAAGAACACUUGAGGUGCCAGCCGCUUCGUAGCGGGGAGCCUCAUUUACUUUCCUGGCUCAAGUUUCUCCCCCUCUCUCGCCUUCCUUUCCUUUUCCUUUCUGGAGGGACAGACCACGAAGAUGGAUGGAGUCUUACUAGGCUGGACUGCUUUCCUGUGGGUAACAGCAAUUCCUCAUCCCUUCUCACCAUGAGGAGGAAUCUCACCUUUCUUCUUCUGAACUCUGUGACUGAAGGGCUUCAGGUCAUGGUGCCGGAAAAGAAAAAGGUGGCCAUGCUCUUUCAGUCUGUUGUGCUUCGAUGCCACUUUUCAACUUCCUCCACACAACCAGCUGUGGUGCAGUGGAAGUUCAAAUCAUAUUGCCAAGACCGCAUGGGAGAAGCUCUGGGAGUGGUCUCUGCAGGCUUACAGGCUGUGAGCAAGAGGAACCUGGAAUGGGAUCCAUACUUGGACUGCGUGGACAGCAGAAGAACAGUCCGCAUUGUGGCUUCCAAGCAGGGCCCUUCGGUCACAGUUGGAGAAUUCUACAAGGGAAGAGAUGUCACCAUUCUCCAUGAUGCAGACCUCCACAUUGGAAAACUGAUGUGGGGAGACAGUGGGUUGUACUACUGCCUCAUUAUCACACCUGAUGAUGUGGAGGGCAAGACGGAAGAGUCAGUGGAGCUGCUUGUUCUGGGCAGGACAGGGCUGCUUGCUGAUCUCUUGCCCAGUUUUGCUGUGGAGAUUAUGCCAGAGUGGGUGUUUGUGGGCUUGGUGAUCCUGGGGGUUUUCCUCUUCUUCCUCCUGGUUGGGAUCUGCUGGUGCCAGUGCUGCCCCCAUAGCUGCUGUUGCUACGUCCGCUGCCCCUGCUGCCCAGAUACCUGCUGCUGUCCACGGGCAUUGUAUGAAGCAGGAAAGGCUGCGAAGGCUGGAUACCCUUCAACCGUUACAUCAAUCCCUGGGCCUUAUUAUAUCCCCUCUGUCCACUCUGCGACUGGAGUCCCAUCUCAUGCUGUCCUGAUGGAGAAGUCACACCUUCCUCCCUUGGCAGCAAGUGAAUCCAGCACAGGAGGACAAAGUGUGCGGAAAGGCUACCGAAUCCAGGCUGACAAAGAGAGAGAUUCUAUGAAGGUGCUGUACUAUGUCGAGAAAGAACUGGCUCAGUUCGACCCAGCGAGGAGGAUGCGAGAGAGAUACAAUAAUACCAUCUCAGAGCUCAGCUCCUUGCAUGAGGAAGAAGCCAACUUCCGCCAAUCUUAUCGCCAGGUGCGCAGGAAGCCGCUUCCCCCUUCAGGAGACAUGGAUGGUGAUGCAGAAUACUGGGCGGGAGUCAUCAGUGGAGGUGGCACAUCUAGGCCACAGACAUGCUCUGACUACAGGGCAGAGAGGGGCAGCUUGAGACUCAACCAGCAGAGAUGCAAGUCAGAAAUGCUCUCAAGGAAGAAUUUCUCCACGGGAGUGCCGGCUGUCUCCAUGGAUGAACUUGCAGCCUUUGCCGAGUCCUACAGUCAGCACGUCUGUCGGACAGAAGGCACUCAGGAGCCCCGGCGCUUUGAGAGAACAGGAUCCAGAGGAGCACGUGGAAGUGCAGUGCAACACCCAGAAAACUCAUCCGAUGAGUAUUAUGGCAAGCAGAGGGCAGGAAACCGUGAGCCGUUGACAGAUUCGGAUCGGGGCUGGACGUAUAGCCCACCCAGGAGACGUCCCCACGAAGAGAAGCACUUGCCUAGGCUAGUGUGUCGGACACCGGGAGGGAGUCAGAAGUAUGACCACUCCUACCUUACCAGUGCCCUUGAGAGGAAAUCGCGAAGCUAUGAUGAAGGUGGUGAUCAUGGCGGGACGCCUUCCAAGUUUAGCUCUCAAUCCAGCCAGAGAGGAGGGACAUACUAUGCUUGGUCGCCACCAUCCACUUACAAACCAGGGCAGCAGCAGCAGCAGCAACAACAACAACAACCUCCACAGCAAGAGGAAGGGGAAGACACUCUGCCGCCAUACAGCGAAAGGGAGUUGAGCCGAGGCCCUUCAUACAGAAGCAGAGAGCAACCUAGCCUGAAUAACUCAGAUAAGAAAAGGAAGAAAGAACCCAAGAAAACAGUGAGGCCAUGUCUGACACUCCUGAUCCAAAUGGGCUGAGCAAGAAUCACCAGAAUGAGUUCCCAACAAGGAUGUCCCUCGUGGUGUGAUGCUGUUGUAGAAGAGUUGUGUUAAUGGACUUGGAAAACAGAAACAGUGAUACUGCUGAGUCACACAGGCUUCCAAGAUGUGUGUUCUCACCUGAUAAUAUUCAGACUCUUGUCUGUUUCAUCAUGUGAAUAGAGAUCUUGUGCAGAAGCUAGUUCCAACCAAUUGCUCUCAUCCAUCCUUGGAAAGGGGAAGCUCAGUUGACAAGGAAAUGUAACGUGGAGAAGAUUUCUUUUGCCAAGCUCAUCUUCUGAUCUCCCAGCAAAGAUGGUGUCUCCAUAUUUUUAUCCUCAGUCAUCUUUGAACCCACAGUAUUAUGGGAGCUGCUUUCUUGUAUGAUAUAUAUUCCCUCCCCGAUAUGACUGACUUCUCACUUGUACUGCUCUGCAUCCUAGAUUUGACAGGGAAAGUGCCAUAGGUUCAAGGGGCUCCCACCAUUUGCUCUUUCUUCCCAUGCUGAGACUUCUUGAAAUAGCAUUUUCAAGAAAUACUGCAAAAUGAAUUCUAUACCUAUCUGGAAAUGAUCCAAAACUGAGACCUGGGGCACUGCACUAAGGAGGACAGGGUAAUAUUGAGGAACAUAUUGGAGUUCCUGUAUUAUUAUUUUUUAACGUCCUUCUCAUUCAGUAAUGGGAGCCACCAGUGAGAUUAAUGUUUUGUUUUGAAAGUGAAACUUAGUAGAUUUUGCUGUAAUGAGAAUGUGCCAUGUUAUUUCACUGUUGUCUGAUAUGAUGUAUCAGCAUUGCCUUACAGUUGAACUAUAGCCAUAAAAGGCUUCAGCUAGUUCUGCUGAUUGAUCCUUUCGUAAGCAGAGCUCAAGCUUGGGUUCUGCUGACAGUACUCUCUCGACAAUGAUUUUUUUCCUUAAUAAAGCCAACUAGUAGACAACAACAGACCUAGAACGAGAAAAUCAGGGUGCAAAAGAGGGGAAAAUAGCCAUUGCUUUUAUAUUUCUGAAUCUACAAGGACCAAUAUUGCUCCUUUUCUGGUAAUUGGCUGUGGCCAUUCAAUAAAGCAACAGAAAAUUUGAACAAUAAAUAGGUUGGGUGAAACACCAGCUUUGAAAGUUA